UGUUGUAAUUGUUUAUAAUAGCCAGUUUUAUCAAAAUUCAUCAAUAAGAAAUUGUGUAAUUUUAGCUAAGCCUUCGAUUCACGAUAACAUUAGCGUUUAAUUACAAUUUGUGUUCAUCUCUUUUUGUUAUCGAAUUAUUUUUAACGCCCGAUCGUCUGAUAAGAAAUGUCAAUCCGGCGGAAUGCAGCUGAUUGCCAACUUUAAAAAGCUUGAAUGAAUGAAGUUAUGUCAACGUCAGGAGGCUUAAAUGAUUAUUUAUUAUUUUAGAAUUAUUUAUUUACUGCGUGAUAAUAUUUGUAAGGAUGGAGUUUAUUGAAUUGAUACACAUAAAUAAAUUGGACGGUGUUAUAUUAAAGUAUCCACAUCAAGAUAACGUGGAUGGAACAGUAUGUAUUACAGGACAUCACCUUAUUUUGAGCUCACGAAAAGAAGGCGUUCACGAGCUAUGGCUUCUACACAAGAACAUAGACUGCAUAGAAAAGAAAGAAAACAAGCCAAUCAGUGGAGUCACCCAGGGUGGCUCCCUGUUCCUCAAAUGCAAGGACUUGAGGAUAUUCCAACUGGAUAUAGCCACAACAAAUGAAUUGAACCAAAUGGCACAAACCCUUGAGAAUUUGUCCGGUUUACAAGAUCCAGGAUUGUUCUACCCAUUCUUUUAUAGACAUAUGCACCCUAUUGUGGAGAAUGGAUAUACUCUUUACAGCAUAGAGGGAGAAUUCACAAAAGUAUUAGCGACUGAGGAGUGGCGAGUUUCGCGCGUGAACCAGAACUACUCGGUGUGUGCCAGCUAUGGGAAGGCGGUGGUGGUGCCCAAGUGUGUUGAUGAUGAGACCCUCGCCGCCGCGGCUACGUUCAGGCAGGGAGGACGGUUUCCUGUGCUCUCUUAUAGACAUAAUAAUGGAGCAGUUCUAAUGCGCGCCGGACAGCCGCUGUACGGGCCGAAACACAGGCGGUGUCGACCGGACGAGGCGAUAUUGAACGCGGUGGUCGCAGCCGGCACCAAGGGCAUCAUAUACGAUCUGCGCAGCUCUAACUCGAUAUCACAGCAGCAGAAUAAAGGUGGUGGAACAGAGAGCAACUCGAACUACUCUCAGUGGAAAAUAUACAACAGGUCUAUGGAUGAGGUGGACAAUCAGCAACCGUUGCUAGACAGUUAUGCUAAACUAAUCGAUGCAUGCAACGACCGUGAGAUAUCGAGCGACAAGUGGAUCUCUCGGUUAGAGUCCUGCGGCUGGCCCGAGAGUGUGCGGAACUCGCUGCACACUGCCUGCAUCGUGGCACAGCAUAUACAUCAGAAAGCGGAACCAGUACUGGUACACGGUACCCGCGGCGAAGAUGCCACGUUGGUAGUGUGCUCUCUAGUCCAGAUUAUACUGAACCCCGACUGCAGAACAAUACGGGGGCUACAAGCCCUGAUAGAGCGCGAGUGGAACGCGGCAGGACACCCGUGGUACUCCCGUCAGCGCGUGGGUCCGUACGGCGCGCCCAGCGCCCGCGCCGCGCCCACCUUCCUGCUGCUGCUCGACUGCAUCAGGCAGUUCCUGGAGCAGUUCCCCUGCAGCUUCGAGUUCCGACAGUCUUUCCUCAUCACGCUCUUCGAACACUCUUAUGCUAGUCAGUUUGGUACAUUCAUGUGCGACAACGAGCAAGAGAGAGAGACGCGCGGCGUGUACUCGCAGACGACGAGCCUGUGGUCGUGGCUGAACCAGCCCGACGAGCUGCCCAAGUACAUCAACCCGCUGUACGACCCCACGCCCAACGUCAUCUGGCCCUCCGUCGCACCCAUGAGCUUUGUUAUUUGGGAAGAGCUAUAUCUCCGUUGGCUAGUAAAACAAAACACGGAGGAGCGAGAGGAACAAUACGGCAACAUUCGCGCACGUGAACAACAGCUGCGUGCGCAUGCGCAGCAACUGCGGCGCGAGCUCUUUGACGUCGCGGCGCAGUACUACGGGCCAAAGCCAGACGAUAAGUAACCACUAGUCACUUGUAGAUAGUGUAGCUAGUAUUAUGUUACUGUUGCCAGAAAUCGAACCUGGGAAUUUUGGGUAAAAUUAGACCGAAACAAACUGUAACACAUUUUUGUCAUUAAUUGUGAUGACUAUCCGAACUUGCCAUAGUAUUAGUAGUCAUUUAUCUGAACAUUUGGCCUAUGGGACAAAAGCGUCGUUUCAUUUAUGAUGUUAUAUGGUCUAAUGUUACUCAAAAUGACAUAAACGAUAGUCGAAGAGACCAUUACCAUUAGUAAGAGUUUGUUUUACUUUUAAAAUAAUCGAAACGAAAGCGCGUUCGGCGCUCUGAUUGGCCGAUUCGAAUAAACCAACCAAUCAGAGCGUCGAACGCGCUCCCGUUUCGAGUAAAGCUAAUUCAUACUAAGGGUACAGAAUGGUGAAGUCAAAGUAUGGGAUUGACAUAAGCUUGUGUCAAUGUCAAUUGCAUACAUUUAUCUAUUAUAAUCUAUUCGACCAGCGCGUAUGUGACUAGCACUGGGUACUUAAACAACAUCAGAAAAUCAAAUAUAACUUUCUGAAAUCAAUAGAUUUGUUUCAAUACAUCGUCUGUAAUAGACGAUUGGAUUUGAAACUGAAUUUAGUUGGUCAAAAAAUCAAAAUGUGUAAUGCAAUAUGUUAAAUCUAUAUAGAGGUGUUUAUGAAAUGCGUGAAGAAAAAUAUCAGGGGCCUUAGUACGACUUUGCUUUAUGUUUAUCGAGGAAAAGAGACGGCGUUCGACGAUGUGAUUGGCCGGCUCCAAUGACCUAACCAAUCACAGCGCUGAACACGCUCUCAUUAAACUUAAAGCAAACGCGUACUGAUGCCUCAGUUAUUGUAAAUAAUUUCGAAUUAUCUGACAAUCCCACCAAUAAAUAUAAAC